CUCAGCCUCAAUCCUCGAACUACUCUCGAGUCUCGAUUUCGUACCCACGUGGUGACUCGCUCCCUCGGCUGCCGUGUUCGCUCGUCUCCAUAUGCGGCUUCAUCACUCUCUCGAAAGCCUUCCAAUUCUUCUGCCCUCGCCGAUCAGCCGCCGUUUUCGCACCAAAUUUUCGGAAUUCGAUCAUGUUCGGAGUAGAAGUUUGAAGAAUUUUGCCUAGAUUUUAUCCAUUGUCUUUCGUGAUCUUGUUCUUUUUGUUUGUUUGUUUGUUUGUCUGAUUCGAUAUGAUGAGCUACGGGGAUCAGGAAGAGGCGGACCUGCACUCGUCUCGUGAAGAAAUGGAGAAUCUCGUUCUUGACGAUCCUCCCGACGGGCAAUCUCAUGGUAGGAACGGUCAAUUGAGUCGGCCGGUGACGAUAAACUAUGAUCCUUUGCUUUCGUCGCCGUCUUCUUACGCGGACCGCCAGAGCCCUGAUUCGCCUUUCGAUUCGUUUCUCGAGCCUCCUUCUUAUGCAGAGGCGAUUUUCACGUCUUUUGAUUCGUCGUCUAGUGCUCGCGAUGGCGGCCCCGACUUCUCUUCCACAUCGAACGCUUCAAGCUCUGAAUUCUUGAGUGUWUCGGUUUCGGAUCCACAGAAAAUGGAUGAGCUAUCCAAUUCGUUGGUCCCGGGUGGAAGCGGUUACUACACUUAUCUGAUUACGACGAGAACGAAUCUGCCCGAGUACGGAGGUCCUGGAUCCGAAUUCGGUGUUCGAAGGCGGUUCAAGGACGUUGUCGCACUGUCUGAUCGAUUGCUGGAGUCGUACCGUGGGUUUUUCAUUCCGAUGAGGCCGGAUAAGAACGUGGUGGAGAGCCAAAUGAUGCAAAAGCAGGAGUUCGUGGAGCAGAGGAGGGUUGCAUUAGAGAAGUAUUUGAAGAAAUUAGCAUUGCAUCCAGUAAUUCGAAACAGCGAGGAGUUGAGGAUGUUUCUAGAGGCAAAGGGAUCAUUGCCACUGGUUAGAAGCACUGAUGUAGCUUCAAGGAUGCUUGAUGGAGCGGUAAAGCUUCCGAGGCAGCUAUUUGGGGAACCAGCAGCGGCUGUAGAUUUGCAGGAAGUGGUAAAACCAGCAAGAGGGGGCAGAGAUUUGUUGAGACUCUUUAAGGAAUUGAGGCAAUCAAUGACAAACGAUUGGGUCGGGGCAAAGCCGAUGGUGGUGGAAGAAGAUAAGGAGUUCUUGGAGAAGAAAGAGAAAUUGAUGGACUUCGAGCAGCAACUUAGCGAUGUGUCUCAACAGGCUGAAUCGCUGGUGAAAGCUCAGCAAGACAUAGGAGAGACAAUGGGAGAACUGGGUUUAGCAUUUGUAAAGCUGUCCAAAUUUGAGACUGAAGAAGCUAUUGUGGAGUCUCAAAGAGUACGAGCUGCUGACAUGAAAAAUUUGGCCACUGCUGCUGUUAAAUCCAGCAGAUUGUAUAGAGAACUAAAUUCACAAACGGUGAAGCAUUUGGAUAAGCUUCAUGAUUAUCUUGGAGUUAUGUUAGCUGCCAAUGGUGCAUUUUCUGACCGAGAAAGCGCUCUACUGACAGUCCAGACCCUUUCAUCGGAUUUAUCUUCCUUACACACAAGGAUUGAGAAGCUUGAGGUUGCCUCAUCAAAGAUAUUUGGUGGAGACCGGUCCAGGUUACGGAAAAUUGAGGAGUUGAAAGAUACGGUGCAUGUAACAGAGGAUGCUAAGACUCGUGCAGUAAGAGAAUAUGACCGGAUCAAGGAAAACAAUAGGAGUGAGCUCGAGAGGCUCGACCGGGAGAUGCAAGAGGACUUCACAAAUAUGUUGAGGGGUUUUGUCCUUAAUCAGGUGGGAUAUGCAGAGAAAAUGGCAAACGUUUGGGAGAAUCUUGCAGAAGAGACGAGAGGUUAUGGAAGAAAAGAUCGCAGCUGAAAAUUUUGAUUGUAGUUUGACAAACUUGUAUACAAAAACAACACCUUUUGCAUUUAAAUGAGGAGUUUUCUUGUAGACUUAGCGAGUGGGUUCGGUACAUGUUCGUGAUGAUCUUGUGAACUCUUUAUUUGAGCUUUUAAAUCUAUUGUAUUCAGUACAUACAU